UAAUUUAAUAUAUGUGUGCAUGUUUAUGUGCUUGCAUGUAAGUGAAAAUUGUUAAUGCUCCCACCGUCGGGUGGCUGGGGUGCCUUUUAGGGUAUAUGCCUAGAGGCAAUGCGAAGAAAAUUGAAAGUGCUCAAUUAAAUUCCAAGCAGCGUGCAACAUCAAGACGACGCAGUGCAGCUUCGAACCAACCGGGCAGCAUAGGCUUAGACUUUGCGACUUGCCUGUUCAUAGACUAUUCGGCAGUACGCCGCUAAGUUAGCUAGUGUAUUCGUCAUAUUUUGAUGUCGGCGUUUCCUACGGUUUUGUUAGCGCCGUCGCAGUCGCAGCCUUUGUCAAUGUGUUGUUAAAUAUUGUCGACGCCACAUCGUUGUUUCUGAUUGCUAAGGUAGUCUAGUGGUGGUCGUUCGCAUUAGUAGACGUCGUUGUCAUCGCGUUAAUUUGAAAAGAUUACAAUUGGUUACGUACGAGUGGAAAACAAGUAAAAUCGUGAAAAAUAGGUUGUGAACGUUUGUCGCAAACGUCGACAUAUUGACGGUGUAGGGAUUCAUUUUUAUUACUUUGCUUAAAGAAGUUUUUGCAAAGCGAAUUCUAAUUUAAUGAAUUUUGUGCCGUGUUUUAACCUGUCGUAUAUGUUGUCAUCACUGACUCACUCCGCACCGUUCGUUGUGAGUCGCAAAUCUUUGCUGCAUACAGGCCAAAAUAUUUAUAGGAAUGUGGAUGCUGCCAUACAUAAGGAUAAACUUGGUUCACCGACUGGGGGCUUAGAUGAUGGUAAUUUAGCAGCUUUUGGUAUAAACGCACUAAUGGCCACAGGAGGUAUCGACAUGGGUGACUUGGCCCAGGAAUUAGAUCAGGAUGAGUUUGAUGGUCCAAAUAUGUUGAAUGGUGAACGACCAGCCAUAAUUGCACCACCGGAGAGUGAAUGGUAUCAUGGGCGUUUGGAUCGUUAUUCAGCUGAAUCGCGACUACGCGGAACUGGCAAAUUAGGCAGUUAUUUGGUUCGUGAAAGCGAUCGCAAGCCGGGUUCAUAUGUAUUAAGCUAUUUAGGACGUACUGGCAUUAAUCAUUUUCGCAUUACUGCCGUGUGUGGUGAUUUCUAUAUUGGUGGACGUCAAUUCGUGUCGUUGAGCGAUCUCAUUGGCUAUUACACCUCAUGCAGUGAUUUGUUGAAACGUGAGCGCCUGGUGCUACCAGUGCCACCGCCAGAGCCGGUGAACGAUAAGAAGCGUGUUGUGGCACAUUUACCCUAUACCAAAAUGGCUGACACAGAUGAGUUAAGCUUUCAAAAGGGUGAUAUAUUUUUUGUGCAUAAUGACAUGGGCGACGGUUGGUUGUGGGUGACAGCUCAUCGCACUGGUGAGCAGGGCAUGAUCUUCCGUGAACUAGUCGAGGAUUUGGAUCCGGCAAUCGACCCAAAUACAGUUUUCCCUUGGUUCCAUCCGAAUUGCACUAAGAAUGAAGCAGUUGACAUGCUGGUGAAAGCCGGCCCAGGCAGUUUUUUGGUGCGACCAAGCGAUAAUUCGCCUGGCGAUUAUUCGCUCUUCUUUCAUAUUAAUAAUCAAAUCCAGCGUUUUCGCAUUGAAAAGAAAGGCGUACGUUAUCUGAUGGGUGGGCGCACUUUCGAGUGCUUGGAUGCGGUGAUCAAUCGCUAUCGCAAAGAGCAAAUCGUCGAGGGUCACUCGCUCAGUCAUCCAGUGGUUAAUGGUUCACAGCCUGAAUUCAAUCAACAGUUUGUGGUGGAGAAGGCAGCCGAAAAAAUUUAUGCCACUCUACGCGAAUGUCGCGAUCAAAUAGGUUUGAAGAAGUUAAACGGCAUCAAACAUCACGGCCCUUUGUUCAAGAAGUCUGAUAAGACAGCCAAAUGGAAACAAUUGUACUUUGCGCUUAUCAGCGAGGGCAGCGAAACACAUCUCUGCUUCUAUGAUAAUCCGAAAAAGACUAAACCGAAGGGUCUCAUCGAUCUAUCGUGUGCGUAUUUAUAUCAGUGCCAUGAAUCGCUAUGGGAGCGGCCAUAUUGUUUUCAAAUAGUUGAGCGCGCACUGCCAUGCUUGGCUAACAAUACGUAUCUAUGCGCGACGCAAGAGACGUACGUAAAAUGGAUCAAUGCGCUAAAAGCGCAAUGCAGUUCACAAUUCAGUCGGGCGCAAAUCAAAGUGCCGUGUUUGCGCGAGUUGCGCUGCUUGAAUUUACAUGUGCUCGAGGCGCAUAAACUGCCAUUCAAAUUGGUGCCGCAUCCGUACUGCAGCAUCUCGCUGAAUCAAGUGAAGGUGGGUAAGACACGUGUGAAGAUCGCGCCCGAUCCAGUGUGGGAGGAGGAAUUCGUUUUGGAUGAUGUGCCUCCGGAUGUAGUCUCGCUAACAAUUACGCUAAUAUCGCGUGGCAAACGCGGCAAAGAUUCGGAAGUCGCUGAGCUCACCAUCGAUUUGGCCAGUCUGAAGAACGGUCAAGAGACGGAGGGCUGGCAUCAGCUCACCGGCAUGACACCCAUGGGCGAGUGGGGUUCACUACGUUUGCGCAUGCGCUAUUUGGAUGACUUGAUUAUGCCCUGCGAAGAGUACAGCCCAUUGCAGGAGUUGCUGCUCAAGCCCGAGUUAUGCGUUGUUAAAGCUUUGGCUGAACUUUGUCAUAAUGAUCGUGUGCCGCUCGCUACGGCACUUCUACGUGUAUUCCGUCACGAGAAACGCGAGACGGAAUUGAUACGCGUACUUUGCCAAGCGGAAAUCGCACGUGAAAACGAAACAACUACACUGUUUCGCGGCGCUUCACUGGCCACUACACUAAUGGAUUUGCACAUGCGCACUGAGUGCUCGCGUUUCUUGCACGCAGCCGUUUCGGAGACGGUGCAGCGCAUACUCGACAGCAAGCAAUCGGCUGAACUCAAUCCCACCAAGAUGGAUGUGAACGAUGAUGCUUGCUCGAAUGCCGAGUUUUUGUUGCAGAUACUCGAUUCGGUGACGCAUUCGAUAUUCACCUCGCCCGAGGCGUGCCCACGCAGUGUGCGCUACAUAUGUAAUUGCCUGCAAAAGGCCGUCGUUGCCAAGUGGCCAACUGAACGUUUGGUACGCACUCGCGUCGUCUCCGGUUUCAUAUUUCUACGCCUCCUAUGCCCGGCACUGCUGAAUCCGCGCCAGUUUGGCCUGGUGAGCGAAACGCCACCAACCAUGGCCACGCGUUCUUUAAUUAUGGUAGCCAAAUGCUUGCAGAAUCUAGCAAAUCUAAUUGAGUUUGGCGGAAAGGAACAAUACAUGGAGGUGGUCAAUCCGUUUAUAUUGAAGAAUAAGGAACGCAUGAUUGUCUUUCUCGAUCAAUUAUCACUCGUUACGGAUCCAAAUCCACCGCCAGGCAUGUUCAACGAACAAAACUCCAAUCAUACCGUGCAGGAUGUGCAGGACACAGUGCAGGAUACUGGUCGCGAACUGGCCACACUCCAUCACAUUUGCGUCUCUUACUUGCCGGAGUUGCAAGGUCUUUCGAACAUACUCUCCAUUAAGAAGUUGGUCACCGUCACUGACAUGCUGACAAAGCACAAGCUUAACUAUCGCGAAAAGAUUAGCUAAGAUGAAAAUACCGAUGCAAUCAACAGCUCCUGGAGGUUAAUAGCCAAACAGUAACAACUAUAACAACAGCAGUUACCAAAAGUCAGAAGUUACGUAUGAAUAGUGAGCAGUUGAAGCAAAUUAAUGAGAACACCAAACAAAAUCUAUUUAUACAAUAGCAAGAACAAUUGAUAACUUAAUGAAAUGCGCGUGUGAACGCUGCAACACAAGACAUAAUACAUAAGUAGAAGCUAGGAAAAAGCAGUAUGCUAGCCGAAACAGUGAGCAAAAUGCUGGUCACAAAAACAAAAUAUUUCAUUUAUUCACGUUCUACGCUGUUAAGGCAUUCGAAGUGUCAACUAACUGUAUUUUUUGCAUUUCAGCCUGAACAUUUGCGUGCUUGCGGCUCACAGUCCACUUGCUUAGCAUUUUAAAUAUGUUACUGAAAUUUUAUUUUUACUUGAGAAAUAUCUAGUUCCCGUGCUGCAAUGCCGUUGCAUUUUUCUAUCAAAUAUUUGUAGAAAUAACGAACAGCAAACUAUAAACGCCAUUUUCAGCUCAUUUUUGCUUUGAAAAAUUCAAGUUCAGCUUAUUUAUGUGUUUUUAU